AUGGCCGAGACGGAGCGUCCAGAAGAGGCGGCCCGGUUGUGGCGAGACGCCGCCCUGCACGCCAGGAAGCUGGAGCUGGGCGCUCAGGAGGAGAGCGGCCGGGAGGCUGAGCCCAAGUCGCCGCCGCCGCCUCCUCCGGUCGCCCCGCUGGAGACGCUGAACCUGAGCGGGCGCGGCCUGGAAGAGCUGCCCGAGGGGCUGUGCGCCGCAGUGGGCGGCAGCCUGCGCGUCCUCUCGGUGCGCCGCAACCGGCUGGCUCGGCUGCCCUCGGCCGCCGCCCUCCGCCACCUGGCCCACCUGGCCGAGCUCGACCUGAGCCACAACCGCCUGCGUGGCCUCCGCGACGACGGCCAGGCGCUGGCGCUCCUCCGCGGGCUCCGCAAGCUCAACUUCAGCCACAACCAACUGGGCGCCGACGGGACGCUCCCUGCAGGCUUGGGCGAGCUGCGGCAGCUGGAGGAGCUGGACUUGAGCUUCAACCGCCUCGGCUGCUUGCCGGAUCAGGCCCUGGCCGGUCUGCAGCAGCUCCGCGCCCUCGACGUGGACCACAACCAGCUGCCCGCCUUCCCGCCGGUGCUCCUGGAGCUGGGCGCCUUGGAGGAACUGGACUGCUCUGGCAACCGGCUCCUGCGGGAGGUCCCCGAGGGCAUUGGUUCCUUGCAGCGGUUGAAGAUCCUCUGGCUCAGCGGCACCGGCCUGACCUCCCUGCCCGAGGGCUUGUGCCAGCUGGGGGCCCUGGAGAACCUCAUGGUGGACGGGAACAGUCUGCGGGCCCUGCCGGCCGGCUUCGGCAACCUGCAGCGCCUCAAGAUGCUCAACCUCUCCUCCAACCUGCUGGCCGACUUCCCUGCCGCCGUGCUGGCCCUGCCCGGCUUGGAAGAGCUCUACCUGAGCCGCAACCAGCUGACCCUGCUGCCCAGAGACCUUUGCCAGCUCAGCCACCUCCGCACCCUCUGGCUGGACAACAAUCGCAUCCGCUACCUGCCGGACUCCAUCGUUCAGCUUUGCCACCUGGAGGAGUUGGUGCUGCAAGGCAACCAGAUUGCCAUCCUGCCUGAGGGCUUCGGCCAACUCAGCCGCAUCAGCCUCUGGAAGAUCAAGGACAAUCCGCUCAUCCAGCCCCCUUACGAGGUCUGUAUGAAGGGCAUCCCCUACAUCGCGGCCUACCAGCAAGAACUGGCUCAUUCCCAGCCUGCCCUCAAACCCCGGCUUAAGCUGGUCCUCAUGGGCCUGAAAAACGCAGGCAAAACCCUGCUGCGGAAGUGCCUCAUGGAGGAGGAGGAGGAAGAGGAGGAACUGGGGCAAAGAGAUUCCUCGUUAACUGCAGUCCACAAGGAUUUUGGGAAGACCCAACUGAAGGGGUGCUGCAUGCAGCCGCUGAGAGAGUUGUCCCGGCCUCGGUCCCCGAAACCACAGCCGAAUCAUCUCCCUAUCGUUGAACAGCCAGAGGCUUCGUCCCUGAAAUGUUCCCAUUUAGGAUAUAGCUCCAGUGAGCUGCAGGAUAUGCUCCUCGGCCUGUCCCCCAAAACUGCUGUUGAGCCGCAGGAUGUCGCCCUGCCGGUCCCACCCCUGACAGCGAGUGCGGAGAUGCGCUUAGGGUGUUAUUCCCUGCCACAGGCCACUGUGCUGCCGGCUCCGGCUGCUGUAGGGUCACCGUGUGGCAGCAGAGGCAUAGAGGUAACGGACUGGACCGCCGAUGCGGAGAGGAGCUUGACUUUUAUCGUGUAUGAGCUGGCGGGCGACCCCAGCUAUGACGUGAUCCAGCCCUUCUUCCUUUCUCCCGGAGCCCUCUAUGUGCUGGUGGUGAACCUGAGCACCUACGUGCCGCAGUGUUUCUACCCCUCUGUGGGACACUUCCUUCACUGGCUAGGGGCCAAAGUGCCGCACGCAGUGGUGUGCAUGGUAGGCACCCACGCAGACCUGUGUGCCGAGCGGGAGGUGGAGGAGAAGUGUUUAGACAUACACCGGCAGAUUGCCUGGCAGGAGAAACGGGACUAUGAAGGCCUCCGGAACUUGGCUCAGCAAGUAGACGAAGCCCUGGGGCAAGAUUUUGACCUGCGGUGCUCCAGCCCGCAUGUUGCCUUCUACGGCGUGUCGGACAAGAACCUCCGGCGCAAGAAAGCUCAGUUCCAGUACCUGCUCAACCACCGGCUGCAGAUCCUCUCCCCGGUCCUGCCAAUCAGCUGCUGGGACGGCUGCCAGGUCCGCCGGUUGCGGGAGAAGCUCCUCUCAGUGGCCGAGCACAGAGACAUCUUCCCGAACCUUCACCGGGUUCUGCCCAGGUCCUGGCAGGUCCUGGAGGAGUUGCACUUCCAGCCGCAGGCUCGGCAGCUGUGGCUCAGCUGGUGGGACUCAGCUCGGCUCGGCCUGCAGGCGGGGUUGACCGAGGACCGCCUCCAGAGCGCCCUUUCGUACUUGCAUGAGAGCGGCAAGCUGCUGUACUUCGAGGAGCACCUGACUCUGCGCGAGUACGUUUUCCAUAACCUGCCCAGGCUCAUUGACAUCCUCAACGUCUUCUGCCAGCGGGAUGUGACCGUCUUGCUCCAGAAACUGCUCGGGAACGGGCCCGCGGAUGAGCUGAAGGCCACGCAGCUCCACCACUAUGUGGAAGGGUUCUUGCUUCACGGGCUCCUCCCGACUCAUGUUAUCCGCCUGCUCCUCAAACCCCACGUCCAGAGCCGAGAGGCCCUGCAGCUCAUCCUGGAGCUCUUGGAAAAGAUGGGGCUCUGUUACUGUGUCAAUAAACCCAAAUCCAAACCCUUGAAUGGGGCCACUGCUUGGUACAAGUUCCCCUGCUAUGUCAAGAACGAGAUUCCCCACGCGGAGGCAUGGAUCAAUGGGACCAACCUGGGCGGACAGUCCUUUGUUGCCGAGCAGCUGCAGAUCGAGUACAGCUUCCCUUUCAUCUUUCCGCCUGGCCUGUUCGCCCGCUACAGCGUCCAGAUUAACAGCCACGUGGUCCAGAGGUCGGAUGGGAAAUAUCAAAUCUAUGCCUACCGGGGGAAGGUCCCCGUAGUAAUCAGUUACAGGCCUGCCAAAGGUGCCCAGCAACCAGAUACUCUGUCCAUCGCUAGUCAUGCGUCCCUACCAAAUAUAUGGACGGCUUGGCAAGCCAUAACCCCACUUGUGGAAGAACUGAAUGUACUGCUUCAAGAAUGGCCAGGCCUGUACUACACUGUGCAUGUCCUCUGUUCCAAGUGCCUUAAAAGAGGGUCGCCCCACCCACAUACGUUUCCAGGAGAACUGCUGAGUCAGCCCAGGCCAGAGGGAGUGGCUGAGAUCAUCUGUCCCAAGAAUGGAAAUGAGCGAGUGAAUGUGGCUUUGGUAUAUCCGCCGACACCAACAGUGAUCAGCCCUUGCUCCAAGUGACCUCUGGAAAUCGCCUGUCUUUGCCCCCUGUAUAAGGACACUCCAACACCCUGUAAUCAAACAAGCCCCUGCUAAGCAUUUUUGGAAACAUACAGCCCAGAGAUGACUCUGAUUUGUUUUUAGGGACCUGGACAUUGCAGCAUGGGGAAAAAGGUUAAAGGGAGCAGGGUGUGUCGAAAGCUACACAUAGGACUGGGCACAGUUCUACAGUCUGGCUGAACUGAUCCUUUACACCAGUCAUGGGUUGGAGUUGUGCAUUCACAAGAACUCUCUGCGGUAGUUUGCUGAAGCAGACGGUACGAUGAAGCGUCCCCAUCCUAAACUCCCCUUGAACUUUUGCGUUCACUCUGCUCUGAAGCCUCUGGAUGGUUGUAAUUGCCUCACCAUGGCGAUGCCCUGGGACUGAGAAAUCUACAGACCUGUGUUGUGCACUUGUUUGGACCUGUUGAUGAAUGUAAGAUUGUGCUGUCGUCAUUCAGAUGUACUCGAAGGAAUAUCUGCUGAAAAGGAAAUAUUGAGAACUUCCUAUGGCUAUUCCCAUGCAGUUUCCCCAUAGGAAGAAGCUAACAAUUCUGUGGCUGCGUUGUGCUGUGGAAAAGGACACGGAAUCAAAAACUGGAAGGACACUUUCCCAGGGACUGAAUACAUACCUUAACAAACCCAAAACUGAAAUGAAUUUUUAAAGUAAUAUAUUAACUUGCAGAAGAAAAAUGGACUUGGAGGAUUCAUUGCUCGACCCACGGCGUCAGGAUCGUCCUCUAACAAAGAGCUGCUUGCCAGCCAACAGAAUGGGUUGAAAUGCUUCUCAGGGAUUAUGUUCAUUGUUGUAGUUGAAAAAGCAACAACUGCAGUCACAAUCUGGGGUACUCCAUUUUCAAGUCUGUCUAAUGUGAAAAGAGGGGUCACUUUGCUACGUUCACUGCUGUUCAGUGUGGUUGUUUGGUGUGUUUUUUUUUUAAGCAUCGAUCUUUAUUUUUGUAAUAAUGCAAGUUUUUAAUUAUCUAUGCAGUUUACAAGUUCAAACUGGGUGCGAAGUGAAGCAUGGAGAUUGUGCUAGACCGGCCGCUGGGUUCUUAACUUUGUUGUCAAAAUAACGCAUGUUAUGUAUCAUCACCGUUAAAAUAUCACACACCUUUACACAAUAUAUACGUCAGUUUUCACUGCAUUUAUUGUACAAACUGCUUCACCAACAG